AUGAGGAUUGUGUCUAACAACUACCAGACUGUUCUUGCCUUCAUUUUUGCCAUAGAAGAGAUCAACAGGAAUCCUCAUCUUUUACCCAACAUAUCUCUAGGAUAUGAGUCACAUAAUUUUCUUUAUAGUCACUGGAGGAUGUUGGAGAGUUCCCUCAUUUUACUCACAGGAGAGGAUGAAAUCCCAAACUACACCUGUAGAACAGAGACCAAGUCUGUUUCAGUGCUAACAGGAAUCUCAUGGGCAACAUCUCAAAUUGAACCACUGCUAGAACUCUACAAAUUUCCACAGGUUACGUAUAGUUCUUUUGACCCCAUGGUGAGUGACAAUGGCCACAUUCCUUAUCUCUAUCAAGUGGCCCAAAGGGAUACAUCUCUGGCUCUUGGCAUGGUUUCAUUGAUGCUUCAUUUUAGCUGGACUUGGGUGGGACUGGUCAUCCCAGAAGGUCAUAAAGGUCUUCAAUUUCUCUCAGAUGUGAGAGUGGAGAUGGACAAGAGCAGAAUCUGUGUAGCAUUUGUGAAAACGAUCUCAACUCCUCUUGUGUCCUUUGCCUCAGUUGUACAGCAAAAAUUUAUCCUGACCACGGAAACAUCAUCAGUAAAUGUGGUUAUCAUUUACUAUGAUACUGAUGGUCUAGAUGAUGUAACCUAUAAUAUAGGGCAAUAUGUAGUGACAUGGCAAGUCUGGGUGACAAACUCACAAUGGCAUGCUGACAUGGCUGGAAGAAAUUUUAUACUUGGCUCAUUCCAUGGGACUCUCAUUUUUUCAAUACAUCAUGAAGAGAUUUCUGGUUUUAAAAAUUUUCUCCAGGCAGCCAGCCCUUCCAAAUACCCAGAAGACACUUACCUCACUAAGUAUUGGUUCCAGAAUUUCCAUUGCUCUUUUUCUGAUUCUGACUGUGCAUUGAAGGACUGUACACCCAAUGCCUCUUUGGCCUGGUUGCCUGUGAAUCGUUUUGACCCGGCUAUGAGUGAUGAGAGUUACAAUAUAUACAAUGGUGUUUAUGCAGUGGCCCAUGCCCUCCAUGAGAUGCUUCUUCAACAAGAUCAAAUGCAACCAGUUGGGAACAAAGAAUCAAUGGUGUUUUCCUCCUGGCAGCUCCACCCCUUUCUGAAGAACCUCCAAUUUGACAACCCUGCUGGAGACCAAGUGACUUUGGAUGACACAAGGAAAUUGCAUGCAGAGUAUGACAUUCUCAAUUUUUGGAACAUUCCCGAAGGCCUUAGACUUAAGGUCAAAGUAGGAACAUUUUCCCCACAUGCUCCAUUUGACCAACAAAUGUCUUUUUCUGAUGAUAUGAUUGAGUGGGCCACAGGAAUUACAGAGACCCCCCACUCUGUAUGCAGUGAGAGUUGCAGUCCUGGGUUCAGGAAAUCUCCUCAGGAGGGAAAGGCUGCCUGCUGUUUUGAUUGCACCCCUUGCCCAGAUAAUGAGGUAGCCAAUGACACAGAUAUGGAGCAGUGUGUGAAGUGUCCAGAUCAUCAGUAUGCCAACAUUCAGCAAAACCACUGCCUUCUAAAAGUUGUGACUUUCCUGGCUUAUGAAGAGCCCUUGGGGAAGGCUCUGGCUGGCACUGCCCUGAGUCUCACUCUCCUCACAGCUGCUGUUCUUGGGCUCUUUGUGAAGCACCGAGGCACUCCCAUUGUCAAGGCCAACAACCUGGCCCUCAGUUACACCCUGCUCAUCUCCCUCACCUGCUGUUUCCUCUGCUCCUUGCUCUUCAUUGGGCGGGGCCCACAGGCUCCCGGCGCUGCGCUCGCGGACCGGAAGCGGAGCGAGAAGGAUUGGACAGAACAACGGCACCGGGACCCCCCCCUGCAGCACCGCGCGGGAGCCCUCGGUAGUGAGGAGCCCGACGCCGUGCCUGGGCGGGGCGCGGAUAACAGGGUCAGGCCGGGGCCCCGGGGCUUCCGGCGCCCCUGGAGCUGGACGCGGCUGGGGCUCUCGGUCUCCAAGAAGGAGGUGCCGCCCCCCAAGGCUCCAGCAGCAAAUCAGGGCAUGAGAUGGGGCCCCCUGGUUGCUGUCAAUUCCAAGGUGCAGCUGCCAGGUGACCCUGACCCCUACCUUGGAUGGGCAAUGGUGCAAGAGGGGUCCGAGGAGCUGCAGCACCAGGCCCUGGCAGGAUGA